AUGCCAAACGGAGCCGGGUCUAAGUCUUCAGCCUCGGCUGCAGUCGGAGUGGGCGACGGCGACUCCAUUCUCAACACCGGCAACAGUAACGUCAACGGCAGUUACUCCAAAGCUUUGAGCUCGGGCGCGGUGUCGCCCGCAUCGAAGAAGUCACCUCGCCUUCCCAAGUGUGCUCGGUGCAGGAAUCACGGCUACGUGUCGGCCCUGAAGGGGCACAAGAGAUUCUGCAUGUGGAGAGAGUGCCAAUGUAAGAAGUGCAACUUGAUCGCAGAGAGACAGCGGGUCAUGGCAGCACAGGUGGCUCUCAGGAGACAGCAGGCUCAAGAGGAGGAACUGGGCAUCAGCCGACCCAUUCCGCUGCCCGGGGCCGCCGAACUGCUCAUCAAGCGGGAGAAUGCAACACCGAACAGUUCGUGCGCGUUGGGCACCGGGGGAUCGGGCUUGCCGUCCAACCCCAGCACCCCAGUCACUUCCUCAGAGGGGCGACUGCAUCUCCAGGAUAUCCCGUCCAUAACCAGCAGAGGGCACCUGGAUGCCACCCCAGACCUAGUAGUGGACUCUUCCUACUACAGCAACUUUUAUCAGCCAUCUCUCUAUCCAGCUUACUACAACAAUCUUUACAACUAUCCCCAGUACCAAGUGGCUGUGGCAGGGGACUCACCUGCUUCUGAUGUAGGUUCAACUUUGGGAGGGACAACCGUGAAAAACAGUCUUCGAGGACUGUCUGCAUCAUUUGUUUCUGGCCAAACAGGAAGCCAGUGGCCGCAAAUGAAAUCCCCAGAGAGUCGGUUUUCAGGCCACAAUGUGACACCUCAGUACAGGAUGCAUUCCUACUACUCUGCUGCCUCCUACCUGGGACAGGGGCUGAGCACGGCAGCUUGCGUUCCUCAGCUGUUCACUCUUGAAGAUGGCUCCUCCUUCUCAGAUGUAAAAUCCAACGUAUUUUCACCUUCCAGUAAUCAGGACUCAGGUUUGAUCUCUCUGUCCAGCAGUUCCCCUGUCAGCAAUGGAAGUAUUAAACAAGAAUGUGAAUCUGUCGCCGACUCUGGCACCUUCUCUGUCGAUUCCAUUAUUGAGAAUGCAGAGUGA